AUGAAGUUUUUCCAUGCAAACAUGUUGAAACGAUACUUUGAUCGUUCUAAUAUUGGUUCUUCAGUUGUAGGUAUAGCAGGGGUUGCUGUUAUAGAUCUCCAGAGUGAAGAGAGUGAAGAGAGUGAAAUCGAGUUUGAUUCUGUGGGAGAAAGAGAUAUGUUGAUAGAAACUCCUUCCUCUAAAGAGAAAGAAUCUUUUUCAGUAUUAGCAAACUUAUUCUUACGGUUACGUCAAGCUCAUUUGACAGUAAAACCUAAUAAAUGUUGUUUUGCAUUUCGAAGUACUGAGUGUCUUGGUCAUAUUGUAGGUGAAGGCUGUCUGCAACCUGUGCCUGACAAGUUGGAUGCUAUUCGAGAAGCUGAGAGACCUAUGACAAAGAAGCAAACUGACAAUAGUGAAGUUGGGAUAGGUGGUAUUCUAUUACAGGAAGAAGAUGGGGUCAAGAAACCAGUAGCUUAUGCUAGUAGAAAAUUAAAGAAAGCAGAACUUAAUUAUGCUACAAUAGAAAAAGAAUGUUUAGCCCUUGUAUGGGGUGUUCUCAAGUUUCAGAGUCACAUUAUCUCGAUGAAUAUAGACCAAAACAGCCAGUGUGCAACUGUUACUGAUAAACAAGCCAAUGUUUACAACUACAAGGUGUCCAUGUUGAACGAUUAUCUGGUCUCAUUUGAUGAGUUUGACCAUGCAAAGUUAAAACAUUAUCACAAGCUUGAGGGGUAUACUAUGCAACAAGACGGAUACGUGCUGGAUGUCACAUGUGCUGAUUACAGUAAUGGCCAUAUUGCUUUAAAGAGCCACGUUAAACCCCGGACAUGUGAAAAAGAUCCUGUAUCAAAAUUGUCAUUCUAUAGUUCUUGGAUAAUAGUCAAAAUUGAUGAAGGAUCCACUUCCUGUGUACUUUCAGCCUAUUGUUUAUGUAGAGGAGGUAUGGAUGGAUGUUGUCGGCAUGUAACUGCAACAUUAUUUGAAGUGCUUGAUUUUACACAAGACUUCAAUAAAAAGAGUUGCACAUCAGGCCCCUGCCAGUGGACUCGCCGUGCAAGUGAGGCAGCAAAGUUAUCACAGCCAAUCCCAGCAACAGAUCUUAACACUUCUUUAUUGCAGACAGGACAAGAGAUUCCAAGACCAUGCAGCUUUCAGAGUUUGCCAGCUACAUUCAAUAUGCCAAAUCCAGAUGAAUUCCUUUCAAAAGUACAGACUCUCUAUCCAAAGGCUUGUAUUUUGGACACAAAAUUUGUUCGUCAAAUCAAGACAAAUGUCACACCUGUCCUUGGGGUAAAAACACCAAUGGAGAAGCUGGCAUCAUUCCUUGAAACACACACAUGUAUUGUUGAAAACUGUUUCUGUUCAAACAUUUUCAUACAUUACCAUCUUUGCUAUUCCCAAAGUGAGCAACAGCAUGUUGAAAUGUGUACAAGAGGACAAGCAAACAAUAAUAAUUGGCACAGAAUGAGGAAAGGACUUAUAACUGCAUCUAAGUUUAAAUUAGUGUGUUCAUCAACAAAUGAAACCAAAACAGGCGAAAGUUUACUAAGAGAUCCGUUCCUUAACUCUGUUCCACAAUCCAUAGAGUUUGGUAGAAAGUAUGAGAAUAAAGCUCGGGAUAUGUUCUUAAAGUCUCAUAGAUUUAGACACAGGCAGUGUAAAUUAUUUGUACCAGGUCUAGUUUUAUGUGAUGACGACAAAUGCUCCUUCUUGGGUUGCUCACCAAAUGGAAUUGUAGUCUGUAAGAUCUGUGGCAAAUUUUUGCUUGUAGUGAAAUGUUCAUUUAAGUACAAGUGUUUCCACCCACGAAAUGCUUUGAAAAAGUCCUCUAUUUGUGAAGAAGAUGAAAAUGCCAAAUUAAAUCUUAAGACAUCUCAUCCUUAUCACUGCCAGAUUUAA